AUGACGGCCAAGGGCGGCGCCACGCCGUCCCCCGGCGGCGCGGGGGGUCCCUCGGUGGGGAACGGCCGCUUCUUCACGGUGGGGCUGGUCACCGCCUGGUACUCCUCCAACAUCGGCGUGCUCCUGCUCAACAAGUACCUCCUCAGCAACUACGGCUUCAAGUACCCAAUCUUCCUCACCAUGUGCCACAUGUCCGCGUGCGCCCUGCUCUCCUACGCCGCCAUCGCCUGGCUGCGCGUCGUGCCCAUGCAGCUCGUGCGCUCCCGCGUCCAGCUCGCCAAGAUCGCCGCGCUCAGCCUCGUCUUCUGCGGCUCCGUCGUCUCCGGGAACGUCUCGCUCCGGUACCUCCCCGUCUCCUUCAACCAGGCGGUCGGCGCCACCACGCCCUUCUUCACCGCCGUCUUCGCCUACAUCAUGACCGUCAAGCGCGAGUCGUGGGUCACCUACCUCACCCUCGUGCCCGUCGUCACUGGAGUCAUCAUCGCCAGCGGCGGUGAGCCGAGCUUUCAUCUGUUUGGCUUCAUAAUGUGCAUAGGAGCAACUGCAGCAAGGGCGUUGAAGACAGUAUUGCAAGGAAUUCUUCUGUCUUCUGAGGGGGAGAAGCUUAAUUCUAUGAAUCUGUUAUUGUACAUGGCCCCAAUCGCUGUUAUUUUCUUGCUUCCUGCAACUAUCUUUAUGGAGGAUAAUGUUGUCGGCAUUACAAUUCAGCUUGCAAAGAAGGAUUUCACGAUUGUUUGGUUGCUAUUGUUCAAUUCUUGCUUGGCAUAUUUUGUCAAUUUGACCAAUUUCUUGGUGACAAAGCAUACUAGCGCACUGACUCUACAGGUUCUCGGAAAUGCAAAGGGUGCUGUGGCAGUUGUCGUCUCGAUCAUGAUAUUCAAGAAUCCUGUGUCCAUAACAGGAAUGCUCGGUUACACUCUCACGGUUAUUGGUGUUAUUCUUUACAGCGAAUCCAAAAAGCGCAGCAACAAGCCAUGA